AUGGUUAUUGCUCAUUGUGUAACGUCAGUCAUAAAGGGGCCAGGCUCAUCAGUUGGAGAAGAACAGAAAAAGAAAAUUCCUGGUGGCGGAGAAUUCCGCCCGAACUCGAGCUCUCUGCCCCCGGCCUCGCUCAAGCUGUCUGCCCCCGGCCACGCUCAAGCUGUCUGCCCCCGGCCACGCUCAAGCUCUCUGCCCCCGGCCACGCUCAAGCUGUCUGCCCCCGGCCACGCUCAAGCCGUCUGCCCUCGGCCACGCUCAAGCUGUCUGCCCCCGGCCACGCUCAAGCUGUCUGCCCCCGGCCACGCUCAAGCUGUCUGCCCUCGGCCACGCUCAAGCUGUCUGCCCUCGGCCACGCUCAAGCUGUCUGCCCCCGGCCACGCUCAAGCUGUCUGCCCUCGGCCACGCUCAAGCUGUCUGCCCUCGGCCACGCUCAAGCUGUCUGCCCCCGGCCACGCUCAAGCUGUCUGCCCCCGGCCACGCUCAAACUGUCUGCCCUCGGCCACGCUCAAGCUGUCUGCCCCCGGCCACGCUCAAGCUGUCUGCCCCCGGCCACGCUCAAGCUCUCUGCCCCCGGCCACGCUCAAGCUCUCUGCCCCCGGCCACGCUCAAGCUCUCUGCUCCAGGACUCGUCUCAGCUAA